AUGCUGACUACCGCUGCCCUAUAUGUCUCAGCCGGACCUCCAUCUAUCGUCGGAUUCCAAGCCAAGAAAUACACGAACCACAGGCAUUUUACAGUCUUGGCUAGUGAAUUUCCAUCAUUUCUUCCUAAAGAAGUUGAGAACAUUAAGGACUCGUUUGCCAGAACACUGGCCUCAAGGAUUGAGAGGCUGCCUGUGCAUGUAAGUUUUUCAAAAAAUUGUAUCAUGAGUAGUUGUGUAAAGCCAAAGACAAGCGUCCAGACUGAUCCAGUGGUUCUUCUCCACGGCUUCGACAGCUCCUGUUUAGAAUGGAGAUAUAUGUUCCCAUUGCUUGAGGAGGCUGGGUUGGAGACCUGGGCCGUAGAUAUUCUAGGGUGGGGCUUCUCCGAUUUAGAGAAGGUUCCGUCAUUCGAUGUAGCUUCAAAACGUGAGCACCUUUAUCAGUUUUGGAAAUCCUACAUCAAGAGGCCAAUGACAUUAGUUGGCCCAAGUCUUGGAGCUUCUGUUGCAAUUGAUUUUGUAGUGAACUAUCCAGAAGCUGUCGAUAAGCUGGUUUUCAUUGAUGCAAGCGUCUAUGCAGAAGGUACAGGGAACCUUGCAAAGCUACCCAAAGCAGUAGCAUAUGUCGGGGUGUAUGUGUUAAAGAGUAUCAUGUUGCGCCUAUAUGCAACUUCAUUGGCUUUUUAUAGUAUACCAUUUAGUACCUGCCUUGACUGGACGAAUAUUGGCCGCCUACAUUGUCUAUUACCUCGGUGGGAGGAUGCAACUGUUGAUUUUAUGAUUAGUGGAGGCUACAACGUCAGUGCUGAUAUAGAACAAGUAAAGCAAAAGACGCUUAUAAUUUGGGGUCAAAAUGAUCAAAUUAUCGAUAGCAAGCUAGGUGUGAGACUGCAUUGUGAACUACCGAAUGCAAUUAUACGUCAAAUACCCGAUUGUGGUCACAUCCCCCAUGUCGAGAAGCCAGCAACAGUUUCGAAGUUGGUCAUGGAGUUCAUUCAAGCUGAAAGCCGGGUGGCUGUAAAGAGUUCCAUCCUCUCUUAA